CGUCGCCCUACCGUUCCCUGUUGUCGCAAACGCCAGACAAGAGCCAAAAGCUACACAGCUGCAGUCAACACCUCGAUGCGAGCGCACCGUCUCUGCCAUCACCGCUCCUUCCUUCACUCUCGCCUUCCUCCUCUGCUGGAACGCACCGAAGCUCUUCCUCCGUUGUGGAUCGUAGCUCGGCCAAGCGGCGACGGACCUCCCCCCCCCCCCCCCACACACACACACGGCCACCCGCCUCCACCGGACAAGGUGUCGGUGACUCCCUGGCCGCCCGGCGUGGACGCCAACUUCGAGUCUCGUCCGCGAGAGCAGCUGCGGACUGUCGAUCAGGACGCGGCCUGGUGCGAGGCCAUGAGUAGCAGCUGGCGGGAGCCUCCGCAGAGCCUUUCCAGGUGGAGCACCUAAAAUGGGGACCGUGUCGGGAGCCGCUUUCUAAUCGUUGCCAAGAGCACCCCUACCUUUCCGGCCCCGUCAAGAUCCUCCGAGCUCCCGACUGUCCGUCCUGACAAUGGCGCCACGCUACCUCCUGCUCCUGCCGGCGUUACUGCUCCUGCGGUCAGCCACCGUGGUCAGCGGAGACUGCUGGCUCAUCGAGGGGGACAAAGGCUACGUUUGGCUGGCAAUCUGCAGUCAGAACCAGCCUCCUUACGAAACCAUACCUCAGCACAUCAACAGCACGGUUCACGACCUUAGACUGAACGAGAACAAGCUGAAGGCCGUUCUCCUCACCUCCAUGUACCGCUUCACCAACCUGACUGACCUCAACCUCACCAAAAACGAGAUCAGCUACAUCGAGGACGGGGCCUUUGCCGGACAGGCCAACCUCCAGGUUCUCCAGCUGGGUUACAACAAGCUGAGCAACCUGACGGAGGGCAUGCUCCGAGGCCUGGGUCGGAUGCAGUGCCUCUUCCUUCAGCACAACCUCAUCGAGGUCAUUGCCGCCAAUGCCUUCUGGGAGAGCCCCAGCCUCAGUAGCCUGGACCUGUCCUCCAACAAGCUGGCCCGCCUGGACCCGUCCACCUUCACCGUCCUCAACCGGCUGCUGGUGUGCGAGCUGGCCGGGAACCCCUUCCACUGCGGUUGCGAGCUGUACACUUUCCUCACCUGGCUGGAAGCCUUCAACAACGUCACGCACACCUACGACCGGCUGCAGUGCGAGACGCCCCGCGAACUCAAUAGCUACCCCCUUCUGGGCCCCUCGCCGGGACACGGGAGGAACGCCCGAGUCAUCCUUUCCAGCAGGUGCCAAGACGGCGUCAUCAUCCCGGGCAUUUCGCCCGGCGGGCCGGAGCUGGACGGCUCCGGCAUGGGUUUGGACAACCCGGACCACCCCGGGCUGUACCACCGGCCCAGCUUUUCCUCCACCCCGGACCCGACCUACAACCACCAGAUCUCCAUGAAGCUCCAGAGCGUGUCACUCUUCGGCGCCUCGGUGGUGGUGCAGAUCCCGCGACCCUACAGCAAGAUGUACGUCAUGUCGCAAUACAACCGCACCUUUGUGGCCGACGUCAUGCCCCUGAAGAACAAAAGGGAGGUGGUGCCCUUGGAGAAACUGCGGCCGCACACCAACUACACCUACUGCGUUGCUUCGGUCGGCAAAUCCCAGCGCUACAAUCACACUUGCCUGUCCUUCACCACCCGGGCCGUGGGACCGGCGGAUCCCCGCGGCAACCCUUCCACCACCACGCACUACAUCAUGACCAUUCUGGGUUGUCUCUUCGGUAUGCUCAUCGUUUUGGGCUGCGUCUACUACUGCCUCCGACGACGACGCAUCCAAGAGGAGAAGGAGAAAGCCUUGAGUGUGAAGAAAACCAUUCUGGAGAUGAGGUACGGCCCCGAGGCGGCAGCGGCCGUGGCCAAUGACCCGGCCGCCAUGCAGCGCCUCCAAGAUCCGGGCCACCACCAGCCGCACCACUUGGGAGGGUCGGCGGGAAGCAAGCUCCCCCCGUCAGCCUCCUCCAGCACGGGCAUGCUCCACGGCUCGGCCAACACCACGUCCUCCCGCCUCUCGGCAUUGCCGCAAGUGGAGAAGCUGGCCAGCGCCUUCUCUGAGGCCACGGGCGCCAAGGGGAGCUACAUGGACGUCAGGACUGCGGGAGGGGUCGGCGAGGCCAGAGAGGCGGAGAUGGGAGCGGCGGGCGGGGAGCUUGUUUUGGACAUGCGAGGCAACGGAGCUGAAAACGGGGCCGACGCGGUGGAGGAUUCCGACGACGACCGCGGCUCGGCGUCGGAGAUCUCCACCAUCGCCAAGGAGGUGGACAAGGUGAACCAGAUCAUUAACAACUGCAUCGACGCCCUCAAACUGGACGCUGCGGAGAACGCGAGCGCCCUGGCCCAGCCGCAGCCUCCGGUUUGCAUGGCGCCCCAUCCGCGGAACCUCCUGCCCCUGGCUUCGGGAGAUCAAGUCAUGGCCUCUUCCCCCAAGGUGCAUCCCAAGUCCCAUCCUCAAGCUCAUCCUCAGCUCCAGCAGAAGCACCUUCCUCCCUCCAUGGCGCCGGUGCCCCUGGUGGUGCCCCUGUCGGAACGACCGGGUAUCAGCGGCGGAGGCUUCCUCUCCCCUCCGUACCGUGACCCGCCCCCGGCCAACGCCGUGCGGCCCCUUCAGAGGCAGUUGAGCGCCGACACCGCGGUGGCCAAGAAUCGCUCCGGCGGAGCGGUCAAGAGCGGCCGGGUGUUGGCUGUGGAUGAGAAGCGGAGCGACCCGCCCAAGUACCCGUCGGAAAAAAGCAGCCCGGCGCGUAGCGGAGGAGGGGGCGGGGUGAUCAACGGCGGCGGGGUGAACAUGAAUGGCGGUGGCAUGGCAUGUAGUAACGGAAGUGGAGGUCGAGGUGGGCCGUCUGGUCCUGGUCUGCUUCUGCAGCAGCAGCAGCACCACCUGGAGGUUCAGCCCGAUUACCACAGCUCAGAACACCGCCAUUCCUUCCCCGCGCUCUACUACGAGGGUGGCGGCGGCGAGUCGCCCUCGCCGGCCCAGAAGGCGUCCUUCCUCAAACCACGAGGGCGCUCCAAGCGGGAGGCCGCGGCGGCCUACUCGCAGCUGUCGCCCGCCCGCCACCACCAUCACUACAACUCGGGGUACUCCUCCAGUCCCGAGUACUCGUCGGAGAGCACACUGCGGAUCUGGGAGCGAUUUCGCCCGUAUAAGAAGAGCCCCCGGGAGGAGGCGUCCUACAUGGCGGCGGGCCACGCUCUGCGCAAGAAGGUGCAGUUCGCCAAAGACGAGGACCUUCAUGACAUUUUGGACUACUGGAAGGGCGUUUCCGCACAGCAGAAGCUGUGAGCAGAAGCUGUGAGCAGAAGCUGUGAGCAGAAGCUGUGAGCAGAAACUGUGAGCAGAAACUGUGAGCAGAAGCUGUGACAGCGCUCGGAUUGUAUCCAAGGAAGAUUGGAUGCCGACUCCAAAACGGGGAUGAUCAUGUAGCAGGACACACAUUUUCACCAAGUUGAAGGCAGGGUGUAGUAUAUUUUCUUUGUCAAAUGUUUGGAUGUUAAUCCGACCUCCUCCCCCAGGGCACUUUGGUCCUCGCAGGUGCAAGAUGAAACUCAUUUUGGUCACGUUGUGGUUCCGGGGCCGUUGGAACUGUGAAUACCGCAUCGAAACACUCACCAAUGUCCCAAAAUGAAAAGACCAAGAGAAAGCGUAAGGUAGGCACACGUCAUUAAACAAACGUUACGUCCAGCAACAGGUUGGAUCCGGUUCUUCAACAAAGUUGAUUUUUUAAAUUUUUUUAUAAACUACCUCUUUACUGUUGAAGCCGAGCUAUCUCUCCGCCAGCUUGAGCUUAAGCUGACGUGCUCGCUCGCUCGCUCGCUGGCGCUCUUCCCUUCUAAUUCCAUCAAACGGACGCGGUGCGCCCAAGAAUGGUGGCGCCGUGCCGCACCGCACCGCACCGCCGACACCUGCUCCUCCUGCACAAGCACCAUUUAGCCAGAUAAUGAGUGAGCAGGAUGAGGAAUUAGGCGUGAUUGUUGGAGAACAGUCGUUCGUUCGUUCGCUCGCUACGAUGCGACGGCGGCGAAAGGACGGCAGGCGAUAGUUAUUGAGCUGAUUGUUGUGGCUGCUAAUUAGGCUGCCUAUCGAUUGGGGAAACAUACCUGAUGUCGCCACGGUCCAUGUGUGUUGCAGGAAAGCAGGACUUGGUUGUCUGUUGCUCUUUUGUUUU